AUGAAGCGACGCUCUUUCUCUGUCAUUCCCCUUUUCGCAGCCGGUAUCUGUCUUGCUGUCCUUGUUUUGGUUGCUCCCUCAGAAGCCAUCUCCCAUCCCAAGUACAAAUUAUCUGGCAAUGACAUUGUCCCAAACCGUUAUGUCGUAGAAUUUGAUGAAGGAGAUUCCAAGUCUGCCAACAGCUUUGUUCAUUCAGUCCAGAGCAAGUUCAAAAAAGCCAAACUUCACAUUGCCCAGGAAUUUGAGCACAAUCUCUUCAAUGGUAUCUCUUUUGGCCUCAAUGGUCUUGAUGAAAAGGAUCACACCGAGGCUCUCAAGUCUAUCUUGGAUAAAGACAAUGUCAGGGCAGUUUAUCCCGUCAGAGCCAUUCCACGCCCAGAGGUUAACUUUGAAAAGGCCUCCACCAAGGAUAAAACACCUACCCUCCUUCCCCAUGCCAUGACCCAAGUCGAUCGUGUACACUCUGAACUCAAGAAGUUUGGUAAGGGCAUCAAGGUCGGUGUCAUUGAUACUGGUAUCGAUUAUCUCCAUCCUGCUCUGGGAGGUGGUUUUGGUAAAGGUUUCAAAGUUCAGUAUGGCUACGAUCUUGCCGGUAAUGCCUACACUGGUUACAACAAUCCUGUUCAAGAUUCCGAUCCCCUUGACAGCUGCACUGCUGAGUCUGGUGCAAGUGGUCACGGAACACACGUCAGUGGUAUUAUUGCUGGUUAUGAUGAAAAGACAAACUUUACUGGUGUUGCUCCUCAAGCCACUCUUGGUAUGUGGCGUGUAUUCGGCUGCAAAGGAUCCGUUGGAAGUGAUGUUCUCAUCAAGGCUUUCUUGAUGGCCUACGAUGCUGGUAUGGACAUCAUCUCUGUAUCCAUUGGUGAGAAGAACGCCUGGAGCAGUGGCCCUGAUACUAUUGUUGCCCAACGUAUCGCUGAAAAGGGAAUUCCAUUCAUUAUUUCUGCUGGUAACGCUGGCAGUGAAGGCGCCUUUACCGUUGGUAUGCCCAGUACUGCUAAGGAUGUCUGGUCCAUUGCAUCUGUUGAUAAUGAUUUCCAAUUGAUGAAGAAGUUCAAGGCCAGUUCUAUCGCCGAAAAGCUUGGCUACUCAACCUCAUCUACUAAGCUGGUUGACGGUGAAAUUGUUAUCGGUGACAAGAAUAUUGGCAGUGGCACAGACGCCUGUAAUCCUUCUAAUGUUCCUGAUCUUACCGGGAAGCUUGCUCUUAUCCAACGUGGUGGUUGCACUUUUGACGUAAAGGCUGCUAGUAUCGCUGGUGCUGGUGGUAUUGGCGUUAUUAUUUAUAACACAAACAACGGCGAUGCGUUUGUACCCUCUAACCCUAGCGCUACUAUUCCCGUUGUUGGCAUUUCUACAAAGGAUGGACUUGCUAUUCUGGAGGGUAUCAAGGCCGGAGUUGAGACCAUAAAGUUUGACAACGAGGAAGCUUUAUACCCUGUAACUACUGGAAAUCUUGUUUCUGACUUCUCCAGUGUCGGUGCAUCUUAUCAGCUCGAUCUUAAGCCUAACAUUGCUGGUAUUGGUGGUCGAGUUUUCUCUACUCUUCCCCGUUUCCUUGGCAGCUGGGGUAUAAUGUCUGGUACAUCAAUGGCUGCUCCUUACGUUUCUGGAUCUGUUGCUCUAUUCAUUGAAGCAAAGGGUUACAAGAAGAACUCCCAGAUUAUUUCCCAGCAAUUCAAGAACCAUGCUCUCAAGCUUGUCCAUGCCAAGGGUAAUAGUGCAAUCCAGAGCCCUCUCCUUCAGGGCGCCGGUCUUGUCCAGGUUUACGAUGCUAUUGCUGGAAAAGUCCGAGUCUCUCCUACCCAGAUCAGUUUCAACGACACCUCGUCCUUUGCCAAAUACAAAACCCAGACCUUGACUAUAAUUAACACCGGAAAGGCACGCACUACCUUCAAGGUUGUCAACGAGCCCUCUAUUGCCGUUGCUCCCUACAACCGUACAGCCCAAGGAUAUGCUACCCUUGCCCCCACAGGUUUCUCCAAUGCCAAGGCAAAGCUUACUUUCUCCAAGACAUCUGUUACCCUUAACGCUGGUCAAAAGACAACUGUCCGUGUCACUGUUAUCCCUCCCAAAGUUAACCCCAAGGAUCAUAUUAUGUAUGGUGGUUACAUUCGUUUCAAGGCCGGAAACCAAAAGACUGCUCUUGAUGUCACUGUUCCUUACUUUGGUGUCGUUGGCAAGCAGCGUGACCUACCUCUUUUUGAUAAAGACUAUCCUUACCUCUCUGAUCCCACUGGUACCCCAGUCUUCCUUAAGAACCAGACAUAUACAUAUGAUCGUUCUAAUACCAAAACCACACCCACCAUUGUAUACCGUCUUCUCACCCCAACUGCCAAGUUUGAUGUCGAUGUCUUGAAUGCCAAGACCAAAAAGUCAAUUGGCAAAACCUUGACUGAUUCCACAUACAUUCCCCGUAAUACAUUUGCAACCGAUAAUUUCAUGUCUGGUGUCUCUUGGGAUGCAACCUAUGUUCCAUCCUCAAUCUCAGAUAUUCAAGACAAGGUCCCAGUUCCUUCUGGAACUUACAUCCUCAACUUGAGAGCCCUCAAACUACUUGGCAAUCCCAAGGACCCCAAGGACUGGGAGACUUACCAGACUGGACCUAUUGUUGUUAAAAAUUAA